CCAUCCCCACGCGCAACCAUCGACAACCGGCGCAAUGAACGGCCCACCUUACGCGCCGCCAAUGGCUCAAGCUUCUGUAUGGUCAGUCGCGACAGCAGCCGAUGGCAAGGAGUACUACUUCAACAAGGCCACCAACCAAACCACGUGGGAAAAACCCGACGAGCUCAAGGACGAUGUAGAGCGCGCAAUCCCUGGCACCGGCUGGACUGCGCACGUAGCAAACGGCAGGCGAUACUUCGCAAAGGCUGGCACGACCGAGACCACGUGGGAGAUUCCCGAGGUUGUCCAGAAGAAGAUCGACGAGUACAGGCAGAGCCUGCAGAACCAGCGCCCGCCCCCUGCCGGUCCUGCGGGAUGGCCAACUGGACCAGCCUCGAGCGGGCCCUCAUACGACAACAGACGCCCCGAACGCGACGAGUACCGCCCCGACCGACACGACCGCCGCGAUGACCGUGACCGUGAUCGCGAGCGCGACCGUGAAUCUGGCUUUGGCGGCGACCGCCCCAAUAUCAGCUUCACGACCGGCACCGAGCUGCAGUUCUCUACUCCGCAAGAGGCCGAGGCUGCUUUCAUGAAGGUGCUCAGGCAGAUGAAGGUGCAGCCUGACUGGACCUGGCAGCAGGCCGUCCGCGCCGGUAUCCACGAUCCCAACUGGCGCGCCAUCCCCGAGCCAGAGAAGCGCGAGGAGGCAUUCAAGAAGUACUGCGAAGACUUGCGCGCCCAGGAGAAGCACAAGGAGCAGGAUCGCCAGGCCAAGCUACGAUCCGACUUCACCGCCAUGCUGCGCUCGCACCCCGAGAUCAAGUACUACACACGCUGGAAGACUGCUCUGCCCAUCAUCGAAGAGGAAACCAUCUUCCGCUCAGCCAAGGACGACAACGAGCGAAGGGCCUUGUUUGAAGAAUACAUCAUCUCCUUGAAGAAGGCGCACGAAGAGGAAGAGGCAGAGAGCAGGCGUUCUGCACUCGACGAGGUCAUGGAUCUGCUGAAGGGCUUGGAUCUGGAGCCGUUUACGCGUUGGCAGGCAGCCGAAGAAAAGUUGGAGCAGAACAACGAGUUUAACAGCGAGAAGUUCGAAACUCUGACUCGAAUGGAUGUCUUGAACCAAUUCGAGAAGCACAUCAGACAGCUCCAGCGCGAACACAACGACAAAGUCCAAGCCGAGCGACGCAAGAAGCACCGCGUCGAGCGCAAGAACCGUGACGCAUUCCUCGAGCUUCUAGACGAGCUUAGGAGGGACGGUACGCUUCGUGCAGGUACUAAGUGGAAGGACAUUCACGGUCACAUCGAGAACGAACCGCGCUACACGGCCAUGCUUGGGCAGAGCGGAUCCUCACCACUCGAUCUAUUCCGAGAUGCUCUGGAGGAGGAAGAGGGCAAGUUCCGCACUCUGCGCCGAAGGGCGCUUGAUGUACUAGAGCAACAACGCUUCGAGGUUACCACGUCGACCCCUGUGGAAGACUUCCUUAACAUUAUGCGAAAAGAUCCUCGCACCGCUGAUAUUGACGAACAGUCCAUGCAUAGCAUCUACAAUUACGUCCUUGCAAAGGUCAAGAAGCGCGAAGAGCAAGAACGCCAGGACGAAGAAUACAACGAGCGCUCAACUGUGGACAAGCUUCGCUCGGUCAUCAAGCAUCUUGAUCCGCCAGUGUCGCUGUCAGACACCUGGGAAGUGGUACGUCCCCGCGUUGAAAAGACAGACGAGUAUCGCGCACUGAAAUCAGAUACCCUCCGCGAAUCCGCUUUCGAGAAGUUCAUGUCCCGCUUGAAGGAGAAGGAGAGCGACCGCAGGGACCGAAGCAGGCGCGAUGGCCGCGACCGUAGUAGGGACAGGCGUGACCGAGAUCGUGAGUAUCGCAAUGGUCAUUCUGACUCUCAUCGUCGUCAUCGUACACGAACUCGCUCACCUGAACAUGACCCGUAUGCUGCAGAGCGCCGUCGCGCGGUGCAGGACAGGGAGGCGCGCUACAGGAACAACGACAGCACAGGCUUAUCUCCUCCCCCGCGCCGUGAGCGCCGAGACGACGAUCGUUACGAGCGUUCUCGUCGCAGCCCUGGCGGUGAUCACUACGUACGUGAGCGUCGCGAGCGUGAAGCCGAACGCGAGCGAUCCUAUGUCAGCAGGGCCGAUCCCCGUGAGGCCACUGUCAGUCUGCUAGACUACGGCGACAGCGGUGGUCGCACGUCAUCAGCACGACGCCGUCGGGAAAGCGACGAGAGCUCUUCCAAGCGCGAUCGUGAGACUAAGCGUGCUCGCUACUCUCCCCGCCCUGACCGCAAGUCUAAGACACCUGUUCCUGAGUCAGCCAGCACGGUCAAGAAGGAAGAAGAAGACCGCGCCCUCCGCAGUGGAAGCGAGGAAGGUGAAAUCGAGGAGGAUUAGAAGUUCUCGCUGAUUCACCCGUCUCGUAGGACACAGGCGACUUUUCACCGUCCCCAGCCAGUCAACAACUGGACCUACAUGUGAGUAAGUCACGGUACCUUGUUUCUCUGACAUUCAUUCGAUUACUCGGCUACGUUGAUACCACUACAUCAAUAGCUUGAGAGUAUUAUACCAUAAUCACCUAGCAGAGUGCGUUCAAAAAAAUAAAUAGCUAGGAUACCAGCAGUUUCUAUGAUCUUUGGACUACCAUAUGUUUGAUGUACGUUCUGAUAUCAGCAGCAAUGGCCUGCUUCGAUGGUGAUGAAAGAUGAUAGCAUCUGAAAUGAUUGAUGUCCAUGCUGUAUGAAGUGAUCGUAGUUAUUACCAACAAGCAAACUCCAGCUCUGUUGGAGUGAUAUCUCAAUUCGCUAUUUGGUUGUUGAGUCGAAACUGUAGAUACUCUACUGAACGAGGAACAGACUUCAUAACG